CAUUCUUUUGCAGCUUUAUGUCCGGCGUCUCAUACAAAAAGGAAUAAUUUUUAUGUAUGGUCUAAUAGAUGGAAUAUUUUGUACCACGGUUAUUAUACAUUCAAUUUAUCUCAUAUUUGGUACCUAAGUCUUGAGUUAUUAAUACUUAAGCCUGAUAUAAUAUCUCCCACGGAGAGAAAAUAAAUGCACUAUACGUUAUUCAUUGUGAAAUUGUUAUAAAUGCACCACGUGGCCUUGCAUCAUAACUACUAGAGAGGUUUGAUAUGAGGGUCAGCGCCCACAUUAUAAGGCAAGAUCUCUGCACUUUCGCCCUGCUUCUGCAUAUGCACCAAACCGCAUCGCAAUGGUGAAGAGCUCUAUCGUUCUUAUUGUCCUGGCUGUCGGAGUAGCCUACGGUGGCUUUAUUGACUUGGGGACUAAAAGAGAGUAUGAUGGAGGUUUGCUGGGAGGAGGAGUUGUAGAAGUUCCCGGAGUCGCCUCUACCCACGGGAUCGGCAGGAUCAGCAAGGAUGGCGUAGAGUUGCGUGGCAGCGCGGAGGUGCUCGGAGUUGGAGUCGGCUGUGUUGCUGGUGUUGGCCCCGAUGGUGUCGGCGGCAUUGGUGGCGGCACCCUAGGGGGAGUCGGCCAUGUCGGUGAAGUCGGUGGUGUUGGUGCCCUUAGGAGGGUCCGCCAUGUCGGUGAAGUCGGUCGUGUUGGUGCCCGUGGGAGGGUCGGCCAUGUUGGUGAAGUCGGUCAUGUUGGUGCCCGAGAGAGGGUCGGCCAUGUAGGCCACGUCGGUGGUGUUGGAAAUUAAAGGCAAUAUACAAUUUCAAGUUAUUUAUUUUGUGUGAUUCCCAGUCCAAGACUGAAAAAAACUAGUCUUUUAAUACUAUAAACUGAAAUUAGGACCAUUUUGUUUGGUUUCGGAGUGUAAAUUACACAAUUAAAAAUAUACACACACAAAAUAAUCGUAAUGUAAUUUUAUUUUAAGACUUAUUGAGUUAAAUUCUUUCUUAAUGCCGUAACAAAGUUUUCCACAACUACUACUAUAAACUUGUUUUGUAUUACCUGUAAAAAAUCAUAAUUGUCUAGUUUUAAAACAGUAGUACAUGCUAGUAUAUUUAAAAAUUAAAAUAUAAUGUUUUUCUUGAA